AAAAGUCCAGCGUGUCCUCCACCGCCACUGUGAAAGAGAUCCCCACCGUUGAAACUAUCUGCCUCGUGAUUCCGCCUGCAAAUCUCCUUUACCCCUCCUUCCUCCUCUCUUGCUUCGCUUCCCCAUUUCCCCCACUCUCUCAAAACCCGACAUCAAUUCCUCCAACCUACUUUCCCCUUUUUUCAAAAUUUGCACUUCACUCUCAGUCUCUCUCUCUCUGUGGUUUCCCAGCUUCUCUACAUCCCGAACUUCUUCUUCUUUCUUCUUCGUCGUUGCUGCAGGGAGGUUGGAAAUCAUACUAGACCACUUUCAAUGGCUGCCCUCCUCCUGCUCUUCCUCUCCCUUUCGCUAGCUCUCUCUGCCUCUCUUGCUGCUGCUGUGGAUGAAGCGCCCUUCAUCGGCGUCAACAUAGGCACAGACCUCUCCGACAUGCCGCACCCGACUCAAGUAGUAGCCCUUCUGAAAGCGCAGCAGAUCAAGCACGUCAGGCUCUACGACGCGGACCGCGGCAUGUUAACCGCCCUGGCCAACUCAGGGAUUCAGGUCAUGGUCUCGGUCCCCAACGACCAGCUCCUCGGCAUCGGCCAGUCCAAUUCCACAGCGGCCAACUGGGUCUCCAAGAACAUCGUCGCUCACUACCCGUCCACCAACAUCACGGCAAUUUGCGUCGGCUCCGAGGUGCUCACAACCCUCCCCAACGCCGCGCCUAUCCUCGUCAGCGCCCUCAAGUACAUCAAUUCGGCGCUCGUGGCAUCGAAUCUCGACCGCCAGAUCAAAGUCUCUACCCCAUUUGCAUCCUCCCUCAUCCUCGAUUCCUUCCCUCCCUCGCAGGCCUUCUUCAACAAGUCGCUGAACCCGGUCAUGAUUCCGCUCUUGAGCUUCCUCCAGUCGACGGGGUCGUACCUCAUGCUCAAUGUGUACCCUUACUACGACUACAUGCAGUCCAACGGUGUCAUCCCCUUGGACUAUGCGCUCCUCGAGCCCCUCCCUCCGAAUAAGGAAGCUGUCGAUGCCAACACUCUUGUUCACUACUCGAACGUGUUCGACGCGAUGGUGGAUGCAGCUUACUUCGCAAUGUCGGACCUCAACUUCACCAACAUUCCUGUUCUGGUCACCGAGACGGGCUGGCCGUCCAAAGGUGACCCCAACGAGCCCGAUGCGACGCUGGACAAUGCCAACACUUACAACAGCAACUUGAUUAGGCAUGUGUUGAACAAGACCGGCACACCGAAGCACCCUGGGAUCGCGGUCAGCACGUACAUUUACGAGCUGUACAACGAGGAUACCAAGUCGGGCCCUCUGUCGGAGAAGAACUGGGGGCUUUUCAAUGCGAAUGGGGAGCCGGUCUACGUGAUGAACUUGGCUGGGUCGGGGUCUGUGCUGGCUAAUGACACGGCGAACCAGACUUUCUGCACGGUGAAGGAUGGUGCGGACAGGAAGAUGGUGCAGGCGGCUCUGGAUUGGGCUUGUGGAGCUGGCAAAGUCGAUUGCUCUGCGUUGUUGCAGGGUCAACAGUGUUAUGAACCGGACAAUGUGAUUGCACACGCGGCCUAUGCUUUUGAUGCUUACUACCAUCAGAUGGGGAAAGGUCCGGGGACUUGCGAUUUCAAAGGGGUGGCUACUGUCACCACUACCGAUCCAAGUCAUGGUACUUGUGUAUACCCUGGAAGUGGAGGGAAGCAGAAUGGGACGAUGGUGAAUGUAACAGCUCCAUCGAUGAACUCGACUGCUUCGGAUUCGCCUGGUGUGGGAGAUCAUCACAGUGUCAUCCGUUUCACAAUGCUGUUCGGAUUGUUGGCGCUGGGUUUGUUAGCUUGGUUGUAUUGGAGGGAGUUGCAGAGGUUGGCAUAUCUGGUGGCCAAGUUGGCAGCGGCAGUAGGAGGUCUGCAGACACUACUUCACAGAAAUCUCACACUCAUCUCGUCGCCUUCAUUUCCUGCUCUUUCCUCCAUUUUAUCACCUUCCAAACAACCCCUGAUUGUUCGAGUUCAAGCUCAGGCAAUGGCUGCUCUCUUAGGUUCCUUGCAGACGAACUUCCUGCGUCCCCGCUCUUCACUUCCGUCAACUCCUUCGUUGGCUUCUUCAUCCUUCACUUGCCUCCCCACCGGAAACCCCAAACUUCUCGCUGCUGCUCGCUCCGUCGAUUCCUCACCGUUCCUCGGUAGCAAUGUGCGAUUCGUGGAGAUUCGGAGGACGAGGAAGCGCCACGGCAGCGCGCUCGCCGUUCAGAUGUCUUGGGAUGGCCCCCUCUCUUCCGUCAAGCUGAUCGUUCAGGGCAAAAAUCUGGAGUUAACCGAUACGAUCAAGAAGCAUAUCGAAGACAAGGUCGGAAAGGCGGUUCAGAAACACAGUCAUCUAGUUCGUGAAGUCGAUGUGAGGCUUUCUGUUAGAGGCGGGGAGUUUGGUAAAGGUCCAAGGAUUCGGAGAUGUGAGGUGACUUUGUUUACUAAGAAACACGGGGUGAUUCGAGCUGAAGAAGAUGCUGAGACGACGUUUGCAAGCAUCGAUUUGGUGUCGUCGAUCAUGCAAAGAAAGCUGAGGAAGAUAAAGGAGAAAGAUUCCGAUCAUGGCCGCCACAUGAAGGGUUUCAAUCGCUCCACGUUCAAGGAAGCAAUGCCAGAAUCACCUGUAGAGGUAGCAGAAUUGGAGGCAGAUGAAGCUGUAAAUGGAGCUUCCAUACAAGCGGAGGAUGAUGAGGAUUUUGUGGCUGAGGUUGUUCGGACCAAGUAUUUUGAUAUGCCACCUUUGACCGUCGCUGAAGCAAUUGAGCAGCUCGAAAAUCUAGACCAUGAUUUCUACGGGUUCAGGAAUGAAGAAACCGGUGAAGUAAACAUCGUCUACAAACGGAAAGCUGGUGGGUAUGGUCUUAUUAUACCCAAAGGGGAUGGUAAAUCUGAGAAACUAGAGCCGUUGGAGAUUGAAUCAGCUAGAGAACCAUCCUUUGCCGAGUAAGAAAACCAGACUAUAACGAGACUCUUUUUGUAAGGUCUGCAUUUUUGGCGUACAAUGUAUAUAACAUAAAUCAAUCGUGAAGAAAAGAUAUUGGCCCUGUGUGCCGAUGGUCUUACAUAUUGGUUGGUCCAACAUGUUCGUAAUCUGGGGCCAAAUGAGUCCAUAGAUGAGUAUCAUUUUGUUGUUGUACAAUGUUUCACUUAUUGUAAAGUUUCGUUAUGUAGAUGAGUUGGUACACAUAACCUCAUGCAGGUAUGUGCACAACGAUAAAUAGUUCGGCAACUAAAGUACU